AUGUUGUGGCUUUGCUUUCACCCGAGUUCCACACCGAUACGCGACUUGAUACUCAUGCUUCAUGACAUGGCCCCUUAUGAUAAACUCAAAGAGCAACUAGUCACACAAACCACAGUUUCUCAACAGAAGCGACUGCAACAACUCAUCCAUUUAGAGGAGCUCGGAGACAGCACCCCAUCUCAAUUCUUACGCCGUAUGACGCAAUUACUAGGUGACCAGGCAACUGUUGAUAGCAGCCAGCACUUUCUGAAAGAACUCUUUCUUCAGCGGCUGCCGGCACAUGUGCGUAUGGUUUUAGCUUCUAAAGAAUCAGACAAUUUGAAAGAUCUAGCAACUUUGGUCAACAGGGUGAUGGAAGUAGCCACACCUCUAUUAUCAGCAAUAGACACUUCAUCAUUGUCCACAGAGGUGGAACAACUUAGUGAAGAAAUUGCUACACUUAAAACUCACUUCAAAUCUUUCUCUGCCCUUCCUCCUACCUUUUUACAUUCUUUUAAACAACGUUCUCCCAGCCCCGCUAGGCCUCGUGGUGAAGAAAUUGCUACACUUAAAACUCACUCAAAUCUUUCUCUCCCCCUCCUCCUACCUUUUCAAAUUCUUUUAAACGACGUUCUCCCAGCCCCGCUAGGCCUCGUGGUGGAUUAUGUUGGUAUCAUGCACGCUUUGCUAUGA